ACCGACAAAAUAAAUAUGGCGCAUUUGACAUAAACUAUAUCAAAAUAUAUACUUUAUUUAUUUAUAUUUUUAUGACGCGUUUGUUUGAAAAAUACAAACGGAAAAUCAUCAACAAGUCCAUGUUUAACCUAGAAAAUAAAAAUUAAGUCCUACUCAAUUGGCGGUUUUUUUUUUUUUUUUGUUGUUAAUCAAAUUUAAUAUAUAUUUAUAAUCAAUUUAAUUUGAUAAUUAAUUGAUUGUAAAUAUGGAGACACAACAAAAAGCCAAGUGUAUCACACUCAAAGGAUCAGCUGAAUUAGUCAGAGAAUAUCUUCUUUAUGGAAUAAAUAGUAUCUUGUAUCAAAGAGGAAUUUAUCCACCAGAAACAUUUGAGGCAAAAGAAAAUUUUGGAUUAUUUAUUCUCAUGUCAACUGAUGAAAAAAUAAAAACAUUUUUUGAUACUGUUCUUGGUCAAAUUGAAGAAUGGCUUGUACAAAAAAAAGUACAACAAGUUACUCUUGUUAUAACAAAUGUUAAUACAAAAGAAGUAUUAGAAAAAUGGGAUUUUAAAGUUGAUUAUGAAGGUAAAGAUAAUAAUGAUGGAUCAUCAGAUUUGUCUGAAGUUGGCACCAAAGAUACACAGUCUAUUCGAAAGGAAAUACGUGAAGUCAUUAGACAAAUUACUGGUACUGUUAGCUUUUUGCCACUACUGGAUUGUCUAUGUUCAUUUGAUAUAUUGACCUACACAGUACCAAACUGUGGAAUACCAAAAGAAUGGGAUGAAACACAACCAGUAUUCAUUGCCAACAGUCAAGAAGUACAACUGCGAUCAUUUUCAACUUCAAUACACAAAAUGGAUACAAUUGUCAGUUACAGAAAUACAUGAACAUUACAUUCACAAAUUUCACCACUAAAUCACAUUUUUUUUUUUUUUGUAAGUCAUUCAUAAUUUUUCUACUAACAUUUUUCUUUAUUUAAAAAAAAUUAAUCACAUAAAUAAUUGCUGAUUAAUAAAAUAACAAAAAGAAAAAAAUAUAUUUUCUAUGAUAAAAUAAAAAUUAAGUAAAAAAUAAUAAUAAAAAAUAAAUUGUCAACAACAAAAUAGUUAACUUGAUAAUUAUAAAAAUUAAAAAUAAUAUAUAUUAAUGUAAGAAAUUAAAACAUCGUCAGUUACGUAUGAGCUCUUUCUGGGUUUUUUAAUAAUAUGAAACUCAAGGGACUGGAGACUGUCGUAACUGUCGGAAGUCUCGAAUUACCGUGAACCAUUAAGUUUAUCUUGGCCACGGAUGUGAAAUUCGUCGCCAAGUACUCUGAAAAUCUUUGCCAAGUUUUUCCAUUACAUAUGUAUAAGUAUCAAUUUUUUUUUAUUU